AUGACUUUAACACCGAGAAGCGACUUUGACCCUUUCAACUACACGAUUGCUCAUAAUUCAUUGAACAUCAUUUUGUCCACUCCACACCGCUCGGAUGACGCCACAACAUUGAAAGCCCUCAAUGAUCCCCGAGUAGGCAGCAAUCUAUCAUCUGUGCCCUUUCCAUACACGGAAUCAGAUCGCGACUUCUGGUAUCACACCACCAAAGAUGCAUCGGACCUGUCUCGUCGGGAGUGGGAUGUGCUACAACAAGAUCGCGCCUCGACCGGCACUGCCAAGAAAUGGAUGGGUAGCGAUCAGUGGGUAUCGGUUAUUAGAGUGGGAGCUCCAGGAUCCAAACCCCUCGAAGAAGGAUUGAUAUACCCUUUCAUUGGGGAGAUCACAUUUCGACGUAGUGGAUUUCCGCAGAUUGAGGACGUCAAGUUGCAACGCCAGGCCACCGACGCAAAUGCUGAACUUCCCGCAGGCGAUCCGAACAUACUGUGGGAUGUGGGUUACUAUCUGAUAGCGGAGUACCAUGGCAAAGGCAUUAUGCCGGCUGUCCUUUCCUCUCUGAUCAAGGAGGUGCUGGUACCGUACAUGAAUGUUCACCGGUUGAUUGGUGUGUACUUUGAGCAAAAUUUGGCGAGCAAACGAGUCUUUGAGAAAUGUGGAUUUCGAUUCGUGAAACUUGUACCGAAGGCGGUCAGCCUGCCAGAAGUCAAGUUCAUAGCAUCAGGGUUCAAAGAACGAGAGAUAGGAAUAGGUGUUAUGCAGUGGGAAAAGGCCCUCCCUACCUGA